AAUAAAUAAAUAAAUAAAUAGUGUUGCCAUGUGCUCAAUAAACAUCCUUUAUUAACAGCCCAGCCUCAGCUGUCACCUGGCUCGCGUCUUGACUCCCCAAAUAAUCCAACCUCACGCCCCAGAGCCCGGGACGGUUCCAAUUCCAGCAGAAGCCAGGACAAGCCUUGAUUUUCACCCAGAGGAUUGCUCACUCCACUCGGGAAUUCAUUUCAGACGAGCACUUUGGUGCUUAAAUCUUGAGUUUCCCCGGUUUAUUUCGGCGCCGCGAUCCCGCAUGCCCCAGGCGUCGCUGCCCGUGCGGCGGGGCAGCAGGGCGUUUUCUGGGGGUGAAUCCCGGGCAAGCGGCGUUUUCCCGGGAUGCGGUGCCGGACUACAGCUCCCGGCGAGCCGCGCGGGCGGGCGGGCGGGCAGCAGCGGGAGCGGAGCGCGGCGCAUCCCGCAGCGGCACCGCCGCCUCCGCCCGGCGAGGGACGCGCGGGGCGGCUGCGGGGCCGGGACACCCGGGGCGAGCCGCGAGAGUCGGCAGAUCCGGCCAAGCCGCGGCAGCCAUGGCGCUGGUGAAGAGCGGUUGGCUUUGGCGCCAGAGCUCCAUCCUGCGCCGCUGGAAGAGGAACUGGUUCGUGCUCUACCUGGAUGGCAGCCUGGUUUACUACCACGACGAGACGCAGCGGGACAUGGACGGCCGGAUCCACAUCAAGUACAGCUGCCGGGACGUGCGGAUCGGCCGCGAGUGCAAAGACGUGCAGCCGCCCGAGGGCAGGAGCCGGGAAUGCCUGCUGACCGUGGUGCUGCGGGACGGCUCCAAGACCACGCUGUGUGCCGAGAGCGAGGACGACGCCGUUGCUUGGAAGAUGGCCGUGCUGGAGGCUAAAUCCACCCCGGUGCACGUGUACGACCCCUACGACGAUGACUACUACCAGACGGUGCCCCUGGACUCCCACCAGGCCGCCUACAUCAGCUCCGGCCACUACGGCCCCCAGUACGCAGCAGCUCCCGGGGUGACCCACGUCAUCGUGCGCGAGGAUCCCUACCGCGUCUCCGGGGACCAGAUGGCGCUGGGGCUGCUGGCCGGGGCCGCCACCGGCGCCGCCCUGGGCUCCUUCAUGUGGAUGCCCUGCUGGUUUUAGCGGCCUCCAGGCCUCCCUCUGCUCCCCAGCCCUGCCUUGGAACCUGCCCUGAGCGCCCCUCAGCCUGCCCAGGACGCCCUGGGGACACGCGGCCUGCUCCCAGCCCCAGCUUGUGCACUAAGUAACCCCCACGUGCUUCAGAGCCCCCCAAAUCCCGCUCCAGACCUCCACAGCACCCGAUUCCCGUCGGCAGAGGGCCCGGGGAGCUGCCAGGGCUGUCGGCAGAGCUCCCCCAUCCCAAACCUCCACAGGGAGCUGGCUGCAGAAAUUCCGGGUUUGGAAGAAGGGGGACUUAGUUUGCCUGGAUCUUUUUUGGCUGGGUGAACCCCACAAUGCAGAGGGGUUUUUUUGGGAGAGGCUCCAGCACCAGAGGGCACCACAGGGAUGUUUAAGAGGUGGCUAAAAGGUUAAGGAGGAUGAAAACCUUUUCAGGAUUUCCACCCCUUUCCAACAUGCACCGGUCCCCUGGGCCUGGCCGAGUUGGGGAAACGGUGCAGAACCCUCAGGAAUUGGAGUUAAACCCUUGGGAACGAGGCUGAGAAGAGCCCAGGGAUCAUCCCAACCUCUCCAGCCGAGUGGGAGGGACACACAGCAUCCUCAGUUUCAGUGAUUUUUGGGAGGGGGAGAAGGGCAGCUCUCCCUGGGGACCAGGGAACCUUUCUGGCAGCCAAGCCGGGAUCUUUACAGCAGGAAUUUGGGAUUGAGGGGGGACACACGGUCAGGCCAGGGGACAAGGAGCAGCUCAGGGGUUUGGUUGGGCAAUUGAGGAGGUGAGGAACUGCCAAGUGUCACUCCUAGAGCCUGGAUGGUAUCCUGGAACCACAAGUGGCAUUGAAUUCAGGAAUUACAAUCCCAGAGCUGGAUAGAAAACCACCAGUGACACCAGCACCCCAGCCUGCUCCUGCCUUUAGAGCCCCGGGUCAGUUCAUCCCUGUGCCCACCAGGGGAUUGGGAUAUCCCAACACACCAUCCUCAUCCUCUCCUGCAUUCCCUGCCUCCCUCCUGCUGCGCACCUGCUCCCAGAAAGGGGGAAAAAAAAUACAAAAAACCUCUUUGAAGUCUAAUAAAGGCAGUGAAAAACCA